UUGUCGCUCCAUUGCCGUUCUCUGCCUUACUACUGUGCAGUACUACUACUCCCCCUUUGCACACUUCACUUCUCCUCCUCUGCCCCCUUCACCUCCUCCUCACUUCACCUCGCCGACGGCACUCAGUAUUGUUAUCGGAUCCUCAAGACGCAGAUACAGACCCGCAGUCUGUUUUCUUGCUUGACAUUGACAACGCGCCCCGGCAACCCGCGCACCCGACCGAACUCUGUUGCUAUUACUUGCAAUCAACAAUAAGAGGCGCGCAGCGAAUCAUACCGCCUGCAUCAUCGCAAGCGACGCGUUGGCUCGUGGCCGCCACAAAUCCACCAGGGAGACCUUGGGGGAAAGGAGAACCUGAGACCUUCCUCAUCUGUUGACACAGAUUCACUGCUUGGACUCCGCGACAUGACAGCUGCUUCGUAAACUUUCACCCGUCGCUGUCACUAUACAUUGCACCGAACUUUUUAACGGUCUAAACAACCCACACCCAAACACGACUCUCAAACAACAACCGCAUUUUGGGCGCAACGAAAGGACUUGAAUGAGCCAUGGCAAGCUCGCCGCCAGAAUCGCCCUCAGCCGGUCCUCCGCGACCUCUGAGCGCGAUGAUGAGACCCCCCAGAACCACGAGUCGCAUGAGCAUGACGAGCAAACUUGGAGGCAGCAGUAGUCGAGCCUCAGACGAGGAUGGAAAGACUGCGGUCAGAGUUGCUGUCCGUGUCCGGCCUCCCCUCAAGUCAACAGACCCUGGAUACGAGCUCAUCCCCCAGCGAUUUCAGCGAUCUAUGGUCCAAGUAACAUCACCAACGAGUCUGGCCAUUGAUUCUCCCCAGGGCCGCAAACUUUUUGUAUUCGACAGAGUCUUUUCCGAACAAGUGUCCCAGGAGGGUAUUUGGGAGUAUUUGGUUGAGAGUACAAACGCCUUUGUUCAAGGCUACAACGUCUCUAUGUUGGCAUAUGGCCAAUCUGGCGCAGGAAAGUCUUAUACGAUGGGAACGUCUGGGCCUGAACAGCAGGCAGACAUGGAAGUUAUGGGUGUUAUUCCACGCGCUGCCAUUGCACUUUUUGACAAACUCGAAGGCCCGCGAAAUAGCAAUCGAAACUCGAUGUCUGGACUUCGCACCCCCACGAGAUACUCGGCGAAUGCAGCUGCGAUAUUAUCAAAGAAUGCCGAAAAGACCUGGACGUUGAAGGCAACCUAUGUCGAAAUUUACAACGAAUCACUGCGCGAUUUACUGGUACCUGAGGGUGUGCCGUAUGGCGAGAGAGGCAAUGUCACCAUUCGAGAAGAUACGAAAGGCCAUAUUCUCUUGACUGGCCUUCACCAGGUCGAUAUCAAUUCGGUGGACGAUCUUCUGGCUGCGUUAAACUUCGGUUCUAUGAUUCGACAAACUGAUUCCACAGCAAUCAAUGCAAAAUCGUCUCGAUCACAUGCAGUUUUCAGUCUGAACUUGGUGCAGCGCAAAAGUAAAUUCCAGACGGCACAGGGUGCCGAAAAGCGAUUCUCGGUACCGCUAGAGGCUAUGACAGGAGCGGACACCAUGAUCACCAUUGAUAGCAAGUUUCAUUUCGUCGAUUUGGCAGGUAGUGAAAGAUUGAAGAAUACCGGUGCACAAGGGGAACGUGCCAAGGAGGGCAUCUCGAUCAAUGCCGGACUUGCAAGUCUUGGGAAAGUUAUUUCACAACUUUCCUCGCGCCAAGCAGGAUCCCACGUCUCGUACCGCGACUCGAAGCUUACUCGACUCCUUCAAGAUUCUCUCGGAGGCAACGCGAUUACGUAUAUGAUCGCUUGUGUUACGCCAGCCGAAUUCCAUCUGAGUGAGACGCUCAAUACCGUGCAGUAUGCACAGCGUGCCCGAGCAAUCCAGAGCAAGCCCAGAAUUCAGCAAGUGUCAGAUGAUAGUGACAAGCAUGCUGUUAUCGAACGACUAAAGGCCGAAGUUGCGUUCCUUCGUGAGCAGAUCCGAAGCACCGAGCGGGGUGGGGAUCGCCGGCCUCAUGCAACUACUGAGAGGCCCGAGCGACAAAAUGAACGUGAGGUGGAACUUCAAAACCAGCUCCUCGACACUCAAGAGGGCUACACAGCCCUCAGCCAGCGCCAUGCAAAGCUCAUUUCUGAGAUGGCCAGAGCCCGUGACAGUGAACUCGCUGAUAACCAAGCAUUUGAAAACACUCUUGGUGACAGUGCAACUGAGCGGUUGAAACGAUCCAACUCAUUUGCGGAGGCAGUUGAGCAAGUGGUCCUGGAAUAUGAGAAGACCAUUCAGACCCUGGAACAAUCCUUGUCAAGCACCCGAAGUUCCUUGUCAAAUACGGAGACAAUCUUGUUGGAGAAGGAGAACAAGUGCGCGUACGUCGAGACUAUCAACACCCAGCUUCAGGCUCGCUUACAGAAGUUGAUCGACCGAGAAUCAAGCACCGAGAACUACCUCCACGACUUGGAAGCCAAACUUGACGGCCACACUUCUGGCGAGGAAAAGAAUUCAGCUAUUGUCAUGGAGCUCCGCAAGGAAAUUGCACGAGUUCGUGAAAAUGAGGCAGCUUGCGAAGAUUAUAUCUCAACGCUAGAAGAACGACUGGCUGAGGCUGACCAAGAUGCCGAGCUGAUGCAACGAGAAAUUGACCGCUUGGAACAUGUGGUUGAACGCCAGCGAAGCUUGGGCAAGCUCGACAAUCUUCUCUACGAGCUGGAUCAUAUCCAACAGGACGGAAAGGGUGCCGAAGCUGAAGCAGUCGUUACUAAUGGAAAGCGCCCAUCGUACGAGCAUUCUCGUCAACAGAGCUUUGCGAGCAGACGCAGUCACAAGGAUGUGAUCCUGGAGACAGAGGAAGGUGAGGACGAGGAGCAUUCACCAACAUUCAGCUCCGAAGCUGCUCGACGGACUGAGAGCGAGGGUCCUGUCGAUACUGGUGAGCCAAUUGAUGGCGAACCCAUGUCGACAUCACUCGAGCCAGCUCAAGCCGAAUACCCGCCACAAAGCCCAGCUCAAACGAAAUUUGUGGAGGACAAGUUGGAGAAUGUCACACAGGAGCUCUUUGACCUUCGUGUGGAACAUGAAUCCACUAUCAAUGAGUUCGACAACCUUGCUCGUAAGUAUGAGGAGGCGCUUCGGACCUUGGCUGAGCUUCAAGAUGCUGUUGACGAAGCCCGUCAUCCCAGCAACAACCGCGAUUCGAUCUUGUCAGUUUCUUCUCCGAAUGAGACAAGGCCCACUUCUUUUUUAACAGACGCGAGGGUGGACGAGCUGAAGGAUGGAGGACAAUAUCCAUCCUCGCGAUCGCUCUCAUCGGAAUUGUCCUCAGCUGGGGAAUUACCCAGUACUAUGGAAACAUCUGAUGCUGAAGCCGCCAUUAAGAAGUCGGAGUCAGGAGAGGUGGUACGUGGUAGUGCCCAUGACGAGACGAUAGCGGUGGAAGUGGAUAAUUUGCGAAAGCUUGCAGCAGAGAAGGAGCAAGCUCAAAAACUGUUGGCUGAGAAAUAUGCUCAGCUGGAAGAGCAACAUAUGGAUGCCCUUGACCUUGUGGAGGAGCUUAAGACGGAGGUAUCGAAGGCUAAGAUGGUUGAGGCAUCAUCUCCACGCGCAUCAACACCAGUAAUUCGCCGCAAGUCAAGCCAAAACGUCAUGAUCAUCGACAAAGCCCAUAGGGCUUUUGCUUCCCUACGAAACAUUGCUACCGACAAUUUCGAGAAUAGCCCAGACGUGAUGGCUAAUUUCGAGCUGAACUUGAACACAGCAAUGCAUGAACUGCAUUCUCGCUCAGAGAGGGUUCAAGAAUUAGAGGCCGAUAUUACAGCCGUGAAGAAGGAGAUGGAAACUAAGAUGACAAUCAUCUCUGGUCUGACGCGUGAACGCUCGAGCAUGAAGGCAUCACCGAUGGACAUGUCUGUAGUUUCUACGAUGCGAGAUCAACUACUGCAGAGCGAGAAUCAAAUGAGAAUGCUCCAGGAGACCCACGCAAGUCGAGAGCAGGAGCUCAGAGCUGAACUUGAGAGCCUCCGUGUUUCGAUGGACGCUCAUGCCACCUCGUCCAAAGAUGAGAAAGCACGGGGUGAACAUGCUUUGGGAGAACGCGAUGCCCAGAAGGAAGUACAAGAAAAGAGAAUCGCAGACCUGGAAACCGAGCUCGCAAAUUGGGAAGGUCGCCAUGAGACGGCUUUGAAGUCAAUGCAGAGCUCCGAGCAGGGACUUUUGAACACAGUCGCCGGUCUUGAGCAGCAAUUGGCCAGCCUGAAGGCUGCCCAACAGACUAAGGACCUGGACAACGACAACGAGGUUGUAAGUAAUUUGCAGCGAGAGAUCGACGAGCAUAAGGCCGCUGUCACAGCAAACGCUGCUCGUGUAGCAGAGCUUGAAGAAUCGCAUGCUGCGACUCGGGAGCAGCUCAACGAACUCACCAAGGCGCGAGAUGUAUCGAAUACAGAGAUCGAGGGACACAAAGUUCUUGUGGCGCGACUUGAGAAGCAGAUUGCCGAGCACGAGACUGUUGUCAAGACCCAUCAAGAUGGCAUGAAUCUGCUCGAGGUAAACCAUGCGAAAGCACUGGAGGAAUUGAAAAACAACACCCGCGUUGACCAUGAGUCACGCCUCUCCGAACUCACAUCACAGCAUCAAGCCAGGACCGAGGAGCUCCAGUCCGAACUUGCAGAGGCUCGUGAUGACCUCACAAAGAUUGCGACCCAAGUUGCAUUUGCUCUUGGCCUCGAUGUGAGCACCGAGAAGCUACAAGAGAGAAUUGCUGAUCUUCUUGCGGAUCAGAAGGCUUUGGCCGAGGAGACGAAGAAGAGUUCCGAGAUGGAAAAGCAUGUUGUUGAACUCUCUGGUAUCAACGAUACCGUUAUGAAGGAGCUGGAAAGUGUGAAAGCUGAGCUGGCCGAUCUACUUGUACAGACCGCCGAAGGCGCCAGAUUCAAGAACGACCACGCAACUGUCGCUGAACAGCUAGCAGCUUUGAGAAAGGAAAUGACGGACCUCGAGACAAAGAACAAAAAGAACUCGCGACUUGUUGAAGAGCUUGAGGAUCAGUUGGCCUCCAAUUUCGACCAGCACCAGAUUGCGAACAAUCGUUUCUCCACUCUUCAGACUGAGCGUAACGCUCAACUUGAUGAGGCUAAUGCGGCACACAUGCGUGCUCAGACGGAACUCGAUGCAAUCAAGGAAGAAUACGCCAGCCUUCAGGCCAAAUUCGAGGACGUCCAAGCAGCCGAAGGUGCAAACGGUCCGAAGCGCUCUAAUUCGGCUACUUCGCACCUUCGUAAAUCAGCAUCAGUCGCAUCUCUACCGUCGCCGCCACCUGCCAUUCCUCUGCCUCCACUUCCCGGAAGCAUCGCAGCCACCAUCUCACCAAUUGGUCAUGCUGCAUCGAUACCAGUCCCUCCUACGCCCACUCUCGGCAAUCGCCCAACUAGCAAAGACCUGGCCACAUCUCAAAUCCACGAGGAUCAAGAAGCUCGUAUCCGUACCAUUGAAAAGCAUCUCCACGCUGAGAAACAGCUCACUCAGACCUUGGAGGAAGCCUUGACAGACCUGGAGCGACAAAGCAAUAAGAUGAAGGCCGAGGUCGACGCCUGGAGACGACGUGCCGCGGACCUUGAACUUGAACUCAAAGAGGCCAAGGAGAGAGAGAAGAACGGCGGUAUGGACAAGGAAAAUAGAUGGAGUAUGCUUCAAGUCGAGGAGGAGCGGAAGAAGCGGCGAGAUGCAGAGAUUGCCAGAGCCCAUCUUGAGGAGCGGAUGAACGCCAUCAGCAAAAAGAAGAAGAAAGGAAGCUUGAAUUGUUUCUAGGAGCGUCCUGCUUCCUCUCUCUCGACUCUCGCAUUUCUGGUGUUCGGCAGCGAAAUCAGUCCCAUUUUUCAACGGCCUUGACGAUCUUAUUACGUUUCUUAUGUUUUACCCUUUUUCCAGCACAUACUUCUCACACGAUACCGACAUACUUGAGGACUGGAGUGAUGGGUGGGCCAAUAUGCUGAGGUGUUACCUCCCUUAUGUAAAUUUGUUACGUGCGCUUUGCGACAUUUUCCUUUUGAGAUACCACAUUUCGCUGGUGUUGUGGCGCUUGACUCAGCAGCAACUCCUUUUGCUACAUAGGACAAGCUGGGCUGGGUUAAAUUUGAGAUUAUAUGCUUGCUGUUCUCUUCUGCUUCAUUUGGAGACUGGUUUGGAGGCCGAAUGGAUAUGCUUGCGGUGGUUGGACGAGAUUGAGAUAUGAAUGGCUUUGGACUGAGACGAAGCCAUGAUGGGCUGGUAGUGGGUGGUGUAAUGAUCUUCUGAUUGCACGACAAGUCGUGCAAAGUUAGAUGGCAUAGGCUAAGGAGUGCAUGCAUGGAUGGAUAGAUAGGUGGAGAAGUGGUAGUUAUGGGCAUAAUCCAAUACAGAGAUGUUCUUCCCGCCUGUCUUGGUGUACUUGGUGUAGCGGAAGCGAUGUUAACAUUCCACUCUGUUCAUGUAGAAGGGGGGCGUGCGAAGUCGUUGCUCGACAUUUAGUGUCGAACUCCAGGUUCGGUUUACACAAUAUGGUCUGUUGAAUUGCUUAAGCAAUUUUCGAAAGUGGACUCCAUCCAAGGUUUUCAAGCGGUGAUAUUGAAUUCGAAGCGAGCAAACACGCUUGGGUACGAAAAGCGAGAUAUUACUACAGCACACUGCCAAAGGACCAAAAGACGUACAUCUCAGUCACUUGCUAGGAUUUACAACCUCGCCCCCGCAUUUUUUGCUACAACACACCCAUCAGCGUAGUCCGCCUUUCAUCAUUUCGGUAUAAGCGACGACCAAGGAUACGUCUCCGGCAUGACCUUCCAAGGUGACACAUCCGCAUAAUUCUUCGUCGUCGCCGUCCCCGAGAAGAUAUACUGCACAUACGGCGCCACAUUCGCAUACCCGCUCAUAUCGCAAUGUCCGCCAUCUCUCAACGCAAUAGCGAUCUUGCUCGUCUUCUCCC